GGGUCUGAAGUCGAGCUAACUUCCCAUCAUGGGAAGUGUGUGGCCAAGCAGUUUAUAAAUUCCUACCAUGUUUACACUUCACCCACAAUCUGAUCGAUUCCCAUGUUUUCAUCGCCACGCGAAGGAAACGUCUGGCCCAUUUAUGUAGCAUUUUGUGCUUUGUCAGACAAACCGGCACCAGCCCUUCAAUACACGGACAUCGUCUUCCAACCUGCUCUCGUAUAAGUCGGGUUCUUCCUAGGGGUUAUCUGCAGUGCGGUGUGCUUCGGAUGAACUUGUGCUUCUUUCUCUUGGACCUUCUUUGAGCCACCAGCACUCAUGUAUAGCAGCGGCUAUACUCAAGUGUCCAAGGCCAGCCCGCAGGGCCAAAAGAAGAUGCAGUAUCGGUCAAAGGGCAAGAGCUGUGGUUACUACUUGAGAAUCAUCUUCUUCUUCUCCUCACUGAUUCAGUCGCUCAUCAUCGUCAGCCUGGUUCUCUUCUUGGUCUAUGGUAAGACGCAGGACUCCGCUUCAACGGUGCGCAUACAGGACUUGGAGGAGAGCUUCAGUCGACUCUCUAUCGAGAACGUCGCCCUCAGGCAGCAGAGGAGGAACCUGACCAACCUACUCAAUGUCACCCUGACUGAGAAGACCCGCAACGACUGGGACCUGCUGAGACUUCGUUACUUGUCAAACGCCUCUAUAAAGUUCAUUCAGGACCUGGACGCUAGGCUGCAACAGAUGAAUAUGGAGCUGAUGAUGUGCAAGAACCAGGCACGUUUUUCAUCAAAUUGUCCACAACCCCAAAUGCAAAUGACGCCUCAGUCUGGAGGUUGUGGGUUGCAGAUGGAGCGUUUGAAUGCCCAACUUGAGCUUUUGCAGUCCAACUUUACACAUACAACACAGAGAAUGAGGAUGGAAAUGGACCAGAUUACUAAAGACAGGGACAAUCUUAACCUGGAGGCCAUCGAUCUAAGAAGACACAAGUCAAUUCACGAAAAGGAGAUUGAGUUGAACAGACAAAGAUGCAAGCAAGACUUUGUUCAGUCCUUGAGCGGCGUCUCCAAUGUCUCCAGAGCCUUUCUACUGAAGAUUGAAUCCCUCUUCCCGACUCACAUUGCCUUCCAGCUCACCUGCGAGAAACAGAGAGAGCACCUAGAGCAGAUUCGCACGAACUGCACCAGUCUGUCUCGAGAGGUUGAGGACAGGUUCCAGAGUUACUUGAAUAACGUCGGUGAUCAGAUGUCUGAGAUCCAGUCUGAGAACAGCCGAUUGAAGGCCGAGAACAUGCGACGGUCUGAUGACUACCGCGUGUGCAGUCAAAACCGCACAGCUAUGGUCCUAGAGCACAGACGGACCCUCGAGAAGCUUCAGCUGAAACAUGACAAGGACUCUGAGAGGCUUCUGUUGGAGAAAAUGAGGCUGAGCGGUGAUGUUGAAGUCCUUGAAAACAGUGUCAACUACAAAAAUAAAGAAGUGGAACACCUCAAAGACCAACUCAGGAAGCUCAACAUGUCCUGCAUUCCUAAGACUGGAUUCGGUGGCUUGCCGGGAGCUGGUGGAGGACAGUUUGGAAGGGCUGGGUCAUAUGGGUUGGGCUCCUCAAAUGUGGGGUCAACUGGGUUGAAUCCAAGCCUUGGCUCAACUGGCUCAGGAGUAAACCGACUAGGGUCAACUGGGAUGGGCUCCUCAAGUCUUGGUUCAACUGGUGUAGGAUUAAACAGACAAGGAUCAACAGGGUUAGGCUCUUCGAGUCUUGGUUCGACCGGCUCAGGAUCAAACAAAUUAGGAUCAACAGGGUUAGGCUCUUCGAGUCUUGGUUCGACCGGCUCAGGAUCAAACAAAUUAGGAUCAACAGGGUUAGGCUCUUCGAGUCUUGGUUCCGCUGGGUCAUUAAACAGACAAGGAUCAACGGGGUUGGGCUCGUCAAGUCUAGGUUCAACUGGGACAGGACUAAACAAAUUGGGAUCAACUGGCUUGGGUUCCCCUAGUCUUUCUUCAACUGGGUUAGGAUUAAACAAAUUAGGAUCACCUGGGUUAGGCUCCUCAAGUCUUGGAUCAUCUGGGUCAGGAUCAAACAAAUUAGGUUCAACGGGGUGGGGCUCUUCGAGCCUUGGGUCAACUGGGUUAGGGUCAAACAAGUUGGGAUCAUCUGGGAUGGGCUCCUCAAGCACUGGAUCAAUGGGGUCAAGUUUAAAUAAACUUGGAUCGAAUGGUUUGGGCUCCUCAACGCUUGGCUCAACUGGGUCAGGAUUAAAUAAACAGGGCUCAACAGGGUUAGAUUCUUCAGGUCUUGGCUCAACUGGGUCAGGAUUAAACAAACAGGGAUCAACAGGGUCAGGUUCUUCUGGGCUUGGGUCAACUGGGUCAGGGUUAAACAAAUUAGGCUCAACAGGGUUAGGUUCCUCUAGUUUUGGCUCAACUGGUUUAGGAUUAAACAGGCAAGGAUCAACCGGUUUGGGCACUUCAGGUCUUGGUUCAACUGGGUCAAAUAAUAAACCGACUUCAAGUCUGAAAAGCUCCUCUGGCCUCGGGUCAAUCACUUCUGGACUUUUUGGCUUUGGGUCAAGCAACAGUAAUGCAGGACAAAGUAAGCCAGGAAUUGGAGUUGGAAGGGGAACGUCAAGUGGAUCUUCACUUGGAACAGGAAGAACCAGCAGUCUGGGAGGUGGUUCAGUCAGCGUGGCUCAGCACCUACAAGAAUUGCAACGUAUCAUCAACCCCUCUUACGCCAAUGAAGAGAGACAAGAGCUUUCCAGAAUGAUGGGCUAGUCCAUCGCGACAAAGAAAAUUGAAAACUGCAAGGGAUUUAUCAAUGCCUCACACCUCGUCAAGUUCACCAAGGUAUAAAAUAAAUGUGCUUUAUAAUAUACUUUUUUUGCAGGUGUUGAAUACUAAAAUAUGCACAUUCAAAAGGAUAGACAAACUUCAGCACUUUUUUUCUUCAUAUAGAAUGUGACAUUUUGUCUUUUAGUCAUAUAUCUAUAAUUGUGUAUAACUGGGAGAGCAGGCCCAUGUGGUAUUUUUAAACGUGUAAAUAAAGAAGUCUUUGUUCCGUUG